AACAAUUAAAUUUGUAGCAGCUUUAGAUUUGUAAGGGUUCUUAAAAUGCAGGCGCCUGCAGAUUCUUCUUCAUCGUCCUCUUCUUAUAUUCAUUUGGUUCAGCACCUGAUUGAGAAGUGUUUGCUGUUUGACAUGGAUCAACAGGAAUGUUCUGAGGCACUUUCUAAGCACGCCAAUAUUCAACCCACCAUAACUAUUACAGUGUGGAAUGAGCUGGAAAAAGAGAACAAAGAGUUCUUCACAAGGUAUAAGGGAAAGAAAAAGGAAAAUCCAAGCCAAGAACUAAAGCAGAUGAUAGAUGAUAUAACAGCUACAUUUUACAAACAGACUCUUUAAAACAUGAUCAUAAAAUCUGGGUAAUUUUCUAGUCUGCGUAUCUGUUAUAUAAGUUAACUGAAAUGGCAAAAGCAGAUCUUGUGUCAGAAAAUUUGAUUUAUGGGAUCAAAUUGCAAAAUAUCUCAUCAUUAUGUAGUUUUUGGUGCACCCAUUCCGUCUAAUGUGCACAAGUGUCAAUAUACAAGUAUAGAUUUA